CAACCAACCAAACGUUAUCUACAAUUCUAUAAGACGUAACCUCGGACUCUAGAAGUGCAUACUACUGGAACACCUUCUUCUUACCAAUCACCCAAACGUUAUCUAUACUUCUAUAAAACAUAAGCUAGGACUCCAGAAGUGUGUACUACUACUAGAACAUUUUCUCUAUAGCUAGCUAGCUCUUACAUACUUCUUUUUUUCUCCAUAGUUUAUAAUAACUCCAUAGGUCUAUUACAAGUACAUUUUAAUGGCAGCCUCAAAACCCACAAAUACAAAAUCUCAAGUGACAUUGGAAGAUGAGUUGAUCAAACAAGAUGAAAUUACCCUUCAAAAAGAUCAAUUGUGGUUUGGUUAUCCAUUACACUUUUAUCAAGGUUUUUGGUGCUUAAAUAUGAUUUCAGAGAUCGCAAUCUCUUUUCAAAACAACUUUCAAGCUCAAGAUACUGAUGUCAUUUUAGCUAGUCUACCCAAAACAGGUACAACAUGGUUAAAAUCUCUCCUUUUUAGCGUUGUUAAUCGAAAAAAAUAUUGUGAUGUUUCUCAACAUCCUUUGCAUUCUAUAACUCCUCAUGAGCUUAUCGACCAUCUUGAGUUUGAAGUUUACAAAAAUUGCCAUGGAAAUGAUCUACCAGACUUAACUAAAAUUCCCUUACCUCGACUCUUUGGUACCCACAUGCCGUAUUCAACAUUGCCUGAAUCAAUUAAAACAUCAAAAUGUCGAAUUAUUUAUGUUUCUCGAAACCCUUUAGACAAUUUUGUUUCUUUAUGUCAUUUUUGGUCUAAAUUUGAUCUAAAUAAAGGCAUGAAAUUAGAUGUGAAUAUAAUGGAGGAACAUUUAGAUAAGUAUUGCAAGGGGAUAUUCCCAUUUGGGCCUUAUGAAGAUCACUUGUUAGGGUAUUGGAAGGAGAGCAUGCAAAACUCAAACAAGGUGUUGUUCUUGGAAUACGAAGGGUUAAAGAAAGAACCAAAAGAUCAUUUGAAAAGGUUGGCUGAGUUCGUGGGUUGUCCGUUUUCGAGGGAGGAGGAGAAAGGAAAUGUCAUAGACGAGAUAAUAGAGUUAUGUAGUAUUAAAAGUUUGAAAGAGAUGGAGGUUAACAAAAGUGGCAAGUAUUAUCCUUGGUUUGAGAACAAGGCUUUAUUUAGGAAAGGCGAGGUUGGAGACUGGACCAAUUACUUGACUCCUUUGAUGGCUAAGCGAAUUAACGAAAUGCAAGAGAGGCUUAAGGAGGCUGGUUUUUGUUUUACAUACUAUCAUAAUUUGAGAGCGAUGGAUAGCUCAGUUGCCUGACAGUUGGUCAAAAUUUUCCUCUCAGUUCCAACUUCUAAAGAAUCCUGAUAUCAGGGUCGAAAUACAUGGUAAAUAAUUAUGAAUUUGGAAACGUAAAAUAAAACUUGUGUAGUACAAGGAUUAUUUGAGCCAAAUAAAGAGAUGUCUAAAUAGAAUUCUCCAUUCAUUGUUUCUCAUUUUUAUUGUGUUUGUAUUGUUGUUCUUUGAUUUGUAAAUAUAUUAGCGUCUGGCCUUCUAGGCUUUGGAUUUCGGCGGCAUUGAAGUUUAUUGUACUCUCGUUGUUUUUUAAAGUUGCUUUUGUUUGUAAUUUUGCAUUAUUUUCAAUGUACUAUCUUAAUUAUCAAAA